ACAGCCCACUUUGUCACCUGCUAGAACUGCCACAGUCACCGCUGUUGCAGCCGCCAGCACCAGAGGAUGGAUGCCGACGCACAGGGAGGGUGCAGCCUUGAGAUGCAGGCUGAAGGCACGGGCCAAACAGUGGGUGAGGGGCCAGGAACCUGGAUGUGCCCCCAGGCAUCCCCACCGACACUGCCUGAGGAGGAACAUGGAGAGAGGCUGGUAGAACUGCACACCUCCUUCAGGGAGCUGGUCACCUUCUUCUGUACCAACUCCACUAUCCACGGCACCAUCCGCCUUGUUUGCUCCAGCCAGAACCGCCUUAAGACAGCCUCCUGGGGGCUGCUGCUGGCAGGAGCCCUGGGCGUGCUCUACUGGCAGUUCGCACUCCUCUUCGAGCAGUACUGGCAUUACCCGGUCAUCAUGACAGUGUCUGUGCACUCGGAGCGCAAGCUCUUCCCAUCGGUCACUCUGUGUGACAUGAACCCACACCGGCCACACUUAGCCCGCCACCAUCUGCGGAUUCUGGAUGACUUUGCCCGGGAGAACAUCUACUCCCUGUAUCGGUUCAACUUUAGCGACAGCAAGGAUGCCCUGGGGGCCGAGGUCCCAGGUCCAGAGCCCGCCUUCCAGCUGGACCGUAGGAUCCACCUCCAGAGGCUGAGGCCCUUGGACGGCCAGAACAGAGUGGGCUUCAAACUGUGUAACAGCACUGGCGGCGACUGUGUUCAGCGGGCCUACUCCUCCGGCGUGGUGGCCGCCCGGGAGUGGUACCGCUUCCACUACAUAAACAUCCUGGCCCUGCUGCCCGCUGCUCACGAGGACAGCCAUGGCAGCCACUUUGUCUUCUCCUGCCGCUAUGACGACCGGGACUGCCAUGCCCGACACUUCCAGACGUCCCACCACCCCACCUACGGCAGCUGCUACACCUUCAACGGUGUCUGGGCCGCACAACGGCCAGGCGUCACCCACAGGAUCAGCCUGGUCCUCAGGGCUGAGCAGCAGGACCACCUCCCUCUGCUGUCCACGAAGGCCGGCAUCAAGGUCAUGAUCCACCCGCAAGACCACACACCCUUCCUGGAGCACCAGGGCUUCAGCAUCCGGCCAGGGACGGAGACCACCAUUGACAUCCGUGAGGACGAGGUGCACCGGCUCGGGAGCCCCUAUGGGCAGUGCAUGGACAGUACAGGCAGCAUGGACGUGCAGCUACUGUACAACACCUCCUACACCAGGCAGGCAUGUCUGGCCUCCUGCUUUCAGCAUCUGAUGGUGGAGACCUGCUCCUGCGGCUACUUCUUCUACCCUCUGCCGGUGGGGGCCGAGUACUGCAGCUACAUGCGGCACCCAGCCUGGGGUCACUGCUUCCACCGCCUCUACCAGAAACUGAAGACCCACCAGCUUCCCUGCACCACCCGAUGCCCGCGGCCUUGCAGAGAAUCUUCGUACAAGCUUUCUGCCGGGACCUCCAGAUGGCCUUCCUCCACAUCAGCCGACUGGGUCCUGGCUGUGCUGGGUGAGCCGAGCCGAUGGAACCCAUGGCCACCUUCUGCCUCUAUCAAAUCCUGGCCGCUGUCCCUGCCCUCGCCCUCCAGGGCCUGCACAGAGGGCCCCACCGGCAGGUCUGGGGCUCAGCCCCUCUCACCUGCGCCCUGCCCCAGGAUCAGCCUGGCCAAGGUGAACAUUUUCUAUCAGGAGCUCAACUACCGCACGGUGGAUGAGACGCCGGUCUACUCGGUGCCACAGCUGCUCUCAGCCAUGGGCAGCCUCUGGAGCCUGUGGUUCGGCUCCUCGGUCCUCUCGGUCGUGGAGGUGCUAGAGCUGCUGCUGGACACCAUGGCCCUCGCCCUACUGCUGUGCUGCCGCUGGCUCCGCGGGUCUCAGGGCCAGCCCAGGGCGGCCACAAGGGUGCCCCCUCCAAGCCAGAGGCCAGCCAGUAGACCAGUGGCUGCAGGCACGUCGAAUGCCCUGGGGCCCAGCUGCCUUCACCUUCCACGAUGCUGCCGGGACUUCAGCAGGAGUCUCAGCUGAGUUCAGCCAAGCAUGGGCCCCAGAGACCCCUCACACCUGAACCAGUCUGAACCUGGCCUGAUCCUGGGAGCAGUGGCAGCGGUGGGCUCUCCUGACUGCCCAGGGCGAGCCGGUCAAGCCCCAUGGGGCUUCCUGGGCCAACCAAGCCAAACCUGGGGCCCAGGAAGCAGCAGCACCAGAGCUCAGGGGUGGCUCGCCGCCAAGCACAGGGCACAGAAGGGCUUCUCGUUAGCCAAGCCACCCUGCCCUGCCCAGUGGUGGCCUCACAGGUCUCAAGGAGGCGCAGGGCAGGCAGGGAAUAAGGGAGCAUCCCCACCACUCUGGAUUCCCAUGUUCUGGUUGUGAUGGAGCAUCUGCCCAAGUGGAGGAGUAUGUGCCCAUGUGUGGGGGGGCGCUCCACAUGGGAGUGUGUCUAUUUGGUGCCAGUGUCAUAUGUCCGCAUGUUUCUGUGUCAGCAGGUCUGUCUGCACCUACAUGUAGGUGUGUGCAGGCAUCAGGCAGAGCCUCACUCAGCUUGGGACCAAUGGGAGGAAGGGCAGGGCCAGGCCCAGGCACUCAGUGACCUGGGGCCACUUUGCAAUAAAAUGAUUUCACCUGGUG